UUUUUUUUUUUUAGAAAAAAUACCGCUGAUAAAAAAAAUGAGUUUUAAAUUAAUUUAUCGUUUAAUAUUCGAUUAAAACGUUGCUAAAAAACGUUCAUUAUGUUAUUCUACCUUCUUUUAUAAUCGUAACUACGUCGUUAGCGGAUCACCGACCAUUGUUUAGUCGAAAUUCGCGAAUCGAUAACCGAUUUUAUUCUCUGUUAUUAGCCGGUUGCUAAGCGAUACCGCGGUUAUGACAUCUAAUAACUCGAACACAUCGUAUUCUUUUAGUUGAAAUCAUGUUUAAAAACACAUUUCAAAGUGGGUUUCUCUCGAUCCUCUACAGCAUCGGUAGUAAACCUUUACAAAUAUGGGAUAAAAAGGUUCGUAACGGUCACAUAAAGCGAAUCACUGAUAACGAUAUUCAGUCGCUAGUGCUGGAGAUAGUGGGCUCGAAUGUGAGCACUAUUUAUAUAACAUGUCCGGCCGAUCCUACGAAAACGCUCGGUAUCAAGCUUCCUUUCUUGGUGAUGAUAGUGAAGAAUCUAAAGAAGUAUUUCACGUUCGAAGUACAAAUCCUAGAUGAUAAAAACGUUCGACGAAGAUUUCGAGCCAGUAAUUACCAAUCGACGACUCGUGUUAAACCGUUCAUUUGUACGAUGCCGAUGAGACUAGACGAAGGUUGGAAUCAGAUACAGUUCAACUUGAUGGAUUUCACUAGACGAGCUUACGGUACUAAUUACGUAGAAACACUCAGAGUACAAAUUCACGCCAAUUGUCGUAUCCGUCGAGUAUAUUUUUCCGAUCGGUUGUAUUCCGAAGAUGAAUUACCUGCCGAGUUUAAGUUAUUUUUACCUAUUCAGAAUAAAGUCAAGCAGUAAUAUGUACACUGUUGUGAACCGAUUUUGUACUCAUUAUUUUAAUUUCAACUUCCAAUUUUACACCUACUUGAUGAAUAAUGUUUUACUUACGUUUUCGUCAGUGUUAUUUUUUCAUUGUAUAAUUUAUUAUUUUGUUGUAUUGAUUUAGUUCAGUGAAGUAUUGUGCAAUUUUGAUAUCCAACUAUUAUGAGAGGUUGAAUGGAAAAAGUCUUUUCUUUUCAUUUAUUUAUUUAUUUAUGUUUACUGAUUUUUACAAGUUCAAAUUCAAAACAGAUUUGAAAUUUUUUUAUAGCAAACAUUUUACCAAUUAUUCGUUUUUUUUUUUUUUUUUUUUUUUCGUUGAAGAACACUUCUUUAAUAUUGUUGAGUAUGGUGGAAAUUUUAAAUUUAUAAUUAUUCAGAAUUGUAAAAAUUAGGAAAAACAAAAAAAUUGACCUAGAUCCUUCUUCCAUGGAAUCUCUCAUAUUAUAGUAAGUUGCAAACGAAUAAUAAAAAUGAUCUUAUUUAUGA